GCGCUGAGCAGGGAGAGGAGCCCCGAGUCAGUGUGGCGGUGUGCGCCCCGGCCAAACAAAGGAGGAGCAGGGAUAGACGGACUGAAAGAAAGCAAGAUAGAUAGUGUGAGCGAGAGGAAAGAGAGAGAGAGGGAGAUAGAGGGAAGCCUGCUAUAAUUGCACAAGCCAGCCCCCCCCCUCCCAACACCCAUUUACCUUCAUCCCACCCUCUAGAGACGAAGGAAGGAAGGAAGGAGAAAGAGAGGCACUGAGGCAGACAAACAAAGUAAGCGGAGACUGGGAAGGCAUUGCCCUAAACAAUAAACUGCUUUCUUUCUUUCUUUCUUUAUACCAAAGAUAAAGUGUGCGAUUCAGAGUAGAGGGAAGAAACGCGCUACCACGACUGAUUUCAUUUUGCAGGUCCUAAAAACAAAGGAGAAAGAAAACUGUUUUUAAGGGUGAAAAAAACCUUAACUGGUUACUCCUGGAAGACAAAGACUGGAAAAGGGGCCGCUGGUUCGAGGCGCGCGGUGACGCCUUAUUAACAGACGACUUUACCCCAGAAUUGCUACUUUUAGCUCCCACCCCCCUCCCAGUGUGUGUCUCUUGGGUACCCUCGCCAGUUGUUUAGUUGGUGUCCUUUCAGCAAUAAGCAGCGGUCCCUAUGCUUUAGGAAGGAGAGCAUGCCAAGCUCACUCUACCACCCAGACAUCAUGGAAGGCGAGUUGAUUGUAAGCAGCCACCACGGCGUAGGAAUGACUGCAGAAACCGAGGACGGGCACCAGCGGGACGAGCAGCACCAAGAAGCGCUCCGGCUUGCUCUGGACCAGCUCUCGCUGAUCGGACUGGAGGAUCGGGGCGAGUGCGGAGGGACAGGGGAGACGGACCCCACGCUAGUCGGGCUGGACCCCACGCUGGCUGGGCUGGACGAUGGAAGCUGUAACGGUGUUGGGGUUGGAUUUGUCGGGCUGCAGAUGAUGGAGCACCCCGGCGGCCCUUCUUCCACGCCGACUUCUUGCUCCCCUCCUCCAGACAUCUUCGGCCCGGGUUUCCACAUGGCAGCCCAACACCAGCACUCCAUCUUGGGCGAGCAGGUGAACGUGAUAGGAUGCCGAAAGAGGAGUGUGAACAUGACCGAGUGUGUGCCGGUGCCCAGCUCGGAACACGUCGCCGAAAUCGUUGGCAGACAAGGCUGCAAGAUCAAGGCCCUGCGAGCAAAGACUAACACGUACAUCAAGACCCCGGUGCGUGGCGAGGAGCCCAUGUUCAUUGUGACGGGGCGCAAGGAGGAUGUGGAGAUGGCAAAGAGGGAGAUCCUGUCUGCCGCCGAGCACUUCUCCAUGAUCCGGGCCUCCAGGAACAAAGCCAGCGCGGCGGGGCUAGUGGGAGCGCCUGUCCCCGGACCCCCCAACCUGCCAGGUCAGACCACCAUCCAGGUGCGCGUGCCCUACCGCGUCGUGGGGCUGGUUGUGGGGCCCAAGGGAGCCACUAUCAAGAGGAUCCAGCAGCAGACUCACACCUACAUCGUCACACCCAGCCGGGACAAGGACCCGGUGUUUGAGGUGACAGGCAUGCCGGAGAACGUGGACCGCGCCCGCGAGGAGAUCGAGACGCACAUCACGCUGCGGACCGGUGCCUUCGUGGACCUGCAAGGAGACAAUGACUUCCACAGCAACGGCACGGACGUCAGCCUGGACGCCUCUGGUCUGAUGGUGGGGGCGGGGCUGUGGGCGCGGCCCACCAACAGCGGGCACAGCGCAGCCACCUCCGCCGCUCGAAAGAUCGCCACUGCAGCCUUCCGCAACGGCAGCCUGAGCUCGCUUGGCUCGGGCUCCACGGAGUCGCACUACAGUAGCGCCGGGGGCCGCAUCGCCGACACCAGCCCGACCAGCCCCUUCAGCACCGGCAGCGCUGGUGGGGGGGGAGCAGGAGGGGGCUUCGUGUUCGGAGGAGACCCCCACGCCGCUCUCCCGCCCGCCGAUGACCUGGGAUUCGAGUUCACCAGUGGAGCAGGCAACAUCUGGGCUCCUUUUGUCAAUGGCUUGUCUCAGACUAUGUGUCAGCAGCAGCAAAGGCGCAACAGCGGGCUGAGUGCGGGGGCCCUCACUCCCCGGCUGUCCCCCACACUGCCAGAGUCUGUGGUUCUGGAUCACCCUCUGGCCCGCAGAGCCCAGAGUGACCCUCUGAGCGCCAUCUCCUGGCUGCACAGCAGCGGCUCGGCCGCGUCUUCCUUCUCUGGCAGCACCACCGGCUAUUCCUCUGCCUCUUCCCUGCCGGGCAGCCUGUCCUCUGCAGCCUCCGGUGGCUCCCCCACCGACUCAGAAGGGGGCGUGCUGGGGCGCCUGAAGAGCGCACGGGAGUGCUCAGUCUGCUUUGAGAGCGAAGUGACGGCCGCCCUCGUUCCCUGCGGACACAACCUGUUCUGCAUGGAGUGCGCGGCUCAGAUCUGCAAGUCAGCUGAGCCGGAGUGCCCAGUCUGCCACACCCCGGCUACUCAGGCCAUCCGUAUCUUAUUAUAACAGAUGAAAUAAACAGGGGGAAAGAGAUGAGAGAAGAAAAGAAAGAGACCGACUUACUAUACUAUCGGACACAGCUGCUGCACAACCAACGAUCCCAGAAAAAAAUUGACGCAAAACACUCUACUGCUGUACUACGACUACUGCUACCACACAGAAACAUUUUUAAGACUGACUUAAACUUGUGUAUUAGUAUUAUUAAUAUUAUUGUUUUUCGGACUGCAGAAGGUAUAAUAUUGCCCAGAUAAACGAAGAACGUUUACUCAAACACACAAGCUUGAUGAUUUUGAGGGAGGGGAGGGGACGGGUAAGGGGUGAGACUCUGAGGUGUUGUCAGUCCAAUGGUUCUUUUUCUGAAAGUCUGGGCAAGUCUUGAACAGCAUUCCGUCAGGAGUUUUAAUAAACAGGAAAGGUCCAAUGCACUUUUUUUUUUUUUUUUUUUUUUAAUUUAAGAAGUUUUUAGGUAGGUGUGGGGGGGGGGGGGGCACGUGUGUAGUGUUCAGGGAUUUGUAGGUAGCAAGAUAUUUUGAAUUUUUAUUUUUUAAAGUUUUUUUUUUUUUAAGCAGAGUUAUAUCUUGUACAUAUUAUUCAAAAAGAAAAAAAAAAUAUUAUCAAGACCAAAAGUAACGUGGAGGGUGUUUCUGUUUUUCUAAAACGUCCUUCAUGUUUGACAUCAUCUUGACAGAAAAAAAAAAACGUAAAACCUUUUUUUUUUUUUUUUUUUUAUAAAUAUAUAUAUACAUAUGUAUAAUUUUAUUUUUUGUACUCUUGUCCAGGGGAAAACAAAAUCGCACAGAACAGUUUCAACACUGAAGUGCACGAGCUUCCAGUUCUCCUUGAGCAGUGUUUAACACUCAGAGCUGGGCCCAGUGCUUCCACAGUCACAGCCUGGGGGCCGGGGUCUGCAAGGUAAAAACCUGGCUGUCUCAUAUUGCCUCCUUUAGUAGAAAUCGGGCUGUUUCAUACCCUUCCCUGAUCCUGAGUUCCCUAGCAAGCAUGCAUUAAUAGCAAAAGGUAGCUUUCAGUAGGGCAGUUUCUUGCCUUAUCUGUACCGUUACUCCAGUAACCACCCUGAAGGGCUUCUGCCAGGGACAGCAAAGGCUGUACCAUAGCCAUGAACUACCCCACACCAGAAUCUGUGAUCUCUGGAGGUCAUUGCUGUGCUAACCGGUGACACCAAAUCCUCAGUUUGUUUGUGUUUCUGAUCAAUGGACUAUGUGUGAGUGUCAAUAGGGUAUUAAAUACCAAACAAAUGCAGAACUUGCAUUCUGAUGCAUUAACUAGGAGUCUUAUUUAUAAAAGCAAAAACGGAUCUAGUGUGAGCUUUAUCAUGCAGUCUUUGUUCUUAAAAAAAAAAUAAAAUAAUAAUAAAUUGUCCACAGACUCCGUUUUUCAAAACCAGUGAGUUGUUUAUACAGUAGUAAGGGAUGCAAGAUCUGCCACUGUCAGCAAGUUCCCAGAAAACAAGUCUGCCUUUCUCAUGUAUUGGGUGCCGAGUUGUUUUCAUGCUGUAGACAUUUCUCCAGUUUUAAUUCCUUGCUUUACAAUAAUGGUGGAAACAAAAACACAUUUCAAUCUGUAACCUGCCCUAUUUUUUUUUUUAUUUUUUUAAAUAACCAAAGUCUCCUUUUUACUGGACUUGCACCAUCCUGAAAUUAUCUGUGUAAAUACUAAAAGCUCUUGGAUAAAUGUAUAAAAGUAUAAAUCAUAAGUAUCAUGAUGAGAAAAGGAUCCGAGUAAUUGUAUUUCAUUUGUAAAAUCAGAUCUGCAUGUAUCUGACCCGUCAGACAGUGACUUUUUUCUUUCUUUUUUCCUCCUUGCCACCCCCCCCCCCCACCACCACUUUCCUCCCCCAAGUAUCCCAGGGCAACCUGUGACCUUUUUGUUUACCUCUUCCUGUGUACAACAUGUAGGCAAUUUAUAGCAGAAAUUAACUUUUAUUGAAGAAAUUAAGAACUAAAUAUAUUUUAUUUUAAAUUUAUGGACCUUUUAAACUUUGGCGCAGCUAAAGUACUGAUAUAUAUAUUUGAACUGACUUGACGGUUAAAUUGUAUUAAGAGUUUUAUUUUUUAUGCUUCUUAAUAAAGUUUUUUUUUACUGUA